ACUUGUCUGAAAAUUCUAGAAUAAGACAGAUAGCCGUCAAUCUAUCUGCUACUAAUCUUCACUUUCACAAAAGAUAACAGUAAGAUCUUAUUUAAUUCUGAUUCUCCAACCUCACGCAACAUUUUACUGUCAAAUUCCCCAAAUCCUUUAGUCCUCACUGCUUUCAAGCUGUGCUGUAUUCUACUUUGCUUUGCAAAUUGCAACAUAUUUAAUUACAAAAAAGAAAAAGGGGGUAAACAGUUAACUUUUUAGUUUCCAAAUGCCAUAGAAGCUAAAACUAAAAGCUUCGUGGUUUGUUCAGAGAGAAAGAGAAAGAGAGAAGAUGGUGGUGAGAAAAGUAGGAAAAUAUGAAGUAGGAAGGACAAUCGGAGAAGGAACCUUCGCCAAAGUAAAAUUCGCCCAAAAUACGGAGACCGGUGAGAGUGUCGCCAUGAAAGUUCUCGAUCGUACCACCAUCAUCAAACACAAGAUGAUUGAUCAGAUCAAGAGGGAGAUAUCUAUUAUGAAGCUUGUUAGACAUCCUUAUGUUGUACGAUUACACGAGGUUUUAGCAAGUCGCACUAAGAUUUAUAUAAUCUUGGAGUUCAUUACAGGUGGUGAAUUGUUUGAUAAAAUAGUGCACCAUGGACGUCUUAGUGAGGCUGAAGCUAGAAGAUACUUUCAACAGCUUAUUGAUGGAGUAGAUUACUGCCAUAGUAAAGGAGUAUUCCACAGAGAUUUAAAGCCUGAAAAUCUUUUACUUGAUUCACAAGGAAAUUUAAAGAUUUCAGAUUUUGGUCUUAGUGCAUCACCUGAAGACGGAGUUAGCCUGCUGCGAACAACAUGUGGAACUCCUAACUAUGUAGCACCUGAGGUACUUAGUCACAAGGGUUAUGAUGGUGCUGUAGCAGAUGUCUGGUCCUGUGGGGUCAUCCUUUAUGUUUUGAUGGCAGGAUAUCUUCCAUUUGAUGAACUCGAUCUCACCACAUUAUACAGUAAGAUUGAGAGGGCAGAAUUUUCAUGCCCUUCAUGGUUUCCAGUGGGAGCAAAAUCUUUGAUUCAUAGAAUUUUGGAUCCAAAUCCUGAAACUCGUAUAACUAUUGAGCAGAUAAGGAAUGACGAGUGGUUUAAGAAAGGUUAUGCACCUGCGAGACUCAUUGAGUAUGAAGAUGUGAACCUGGAUGAUGUAGAUGCAGCUUUUUAUGAUCCAGAGGAACAAAAGGCUGAUGAACAGUGCAGAAAUGAGGAUGCGCGUCCUUUGAUUCUUAAUGCGUUUGACUUGAUAAUUCUAUCUCAAGGGUUGAACCUCGCAACGCUGUUUGACCGUGGAAGGGACUCUUUGAAGAAUCAAACACGAUUUGUCUCGCGGAAGCCAGCAAAGGUUGUGUUAUCGAGCAUGGAAGUUGUUGCACAAUCAAUGGGUUUUAAGACCCAUAUUCGUAAUUAUAAGAUGAGAGUGGAAGGCCUUUCAGCUAAUAAGACUGCUCAUUUCUCAGUUUUUGUGGAAGUGUUUGAAGUAGCUCCCUCAUUUCUUAUGGUAGACAUUCAGAAAGCAGCUGGAGAUGCUGCUGAAUACCUCAAGUUUUACAAGGACUUCUGUGGCAAUCUUGACGAUAUCAUUUGGAAACCACCUAAUGAAUCAAGCAAAUCUAGAGUCACCAAGUCAAAGAGCAAAAAACGAUGAAUUUGUUUCAUCUGACAUCAUGAUUCUACUACUUACAGCAGGCAUGUGGGUCUCAUUCAUGCACAGGAACUAGACACCCUUUUUGAACAUUAAGGGUGCAACUCGAGUUUUACAAAUAUGAGGAAAUAUGUGUUACCUGAAAAAUUUCCAAACUCUGCCCUCUUAUCUCUGCAGGGGAAGGUGGAAAAAGGGUAGAGGGAAAAUGAGGAAAUAUGUAUCUGUUUAAUAAUUGUAUUUGUGAUGUCUGUAGAUCUAUAUCUGUCUUGGGCUUGUUAUCUCCUACACUUGUAAUGCUAUUUUGUAGCUGUGCUUGCUGAGUUUAUAGAUUUCAAUGAGAAUGUAACAAUGUAAUGUACUGUUGAUCCAAGAACUGUAGCUUUACAAGCUGAUUAUAAUGAACUUAUUAAACUUACCUUGUAA